AUGGUUAGGGAAGACAGAACGACCUGGAAGGCCAACUAUUUCCUGAAGCUGAUUGAACUCUACGAGUAUCCCAAUUGCUUCCUUGUCGGAGUUGAAUAUGUUGGAUCGAAGCAAAUGCAGGAGAUUCGUCAGGCUUUGCGAGGGUGCUCGGCCAAAGCUGGUGCAAUUGCACCAUGCGAUGUGAAGCUGCCGCCUCAAAUUACUGGUAUGGGCCCCGAGAAGACCUCUUUCUUCCGCUCUCCAGAUCCACACCAAAAUCACCAGAGGGACCAUUGA